GAAUGACUUAAAGUAUAUAACACCGUCUAAAUUAAGUGUUAAUAUAGAAAAAAUAUAUUUAUAGUUAAUUUACGAUAGAGUUCAUUUUUCAAUAUGAAGAAGUUAAUGUUGUUUGGUUUUGCUGUUUUUGUGGUUGUUUUGGCUGUCACCAAAGAAUCUAUAGCUGACACCAACAAAGAACAAAAGUUACAAGGGGUAUUGCAGAAAAUGCAUGACCAUCACAACACGUGUUCGAAGGAGUUCGGUCAACCACCGGGUUACCUUAUACAAGGAUUUCAAAACAUAAAAAAAGAAGACGAGGCGAAAGUAGGUGCCUUUUCGCUCUGUGUGCUUAGCAAAUUAGGUCUUAUCUCAGAAAAUGGUGCUAUAAUUGAGGACGGAGUUCGAAGUUUUAUAACAGAUUUUCAUGGAGAUUCCGAUCGUGAAAAAAAACUCGUACAGAAAGUUUUGACGAUAUGUAAACCACUUGUUGAUUCCCAACUUACUCCACAGUAUAAAGCUCUCGCUUUUGCACAGUGCAAGGAGAAACAAGUUAAGCCUAAAUAAAUAAAACAAAAUCAAAAUUAAUCCAGACUGUAUCGUCGCCCCCGUUAGGUAAAUUAUUAUUCCGAUUCGAUUUUUUUGCAAAAACUUACUCAAAAAGAGGCCCUUAUAACAAAUCCACAGGUGCCAGGCGGUAUCGUGGUCAAAAAAUUGUUUAAACAAUUUUUUUAAUUCACAAAAACAAUGUUUUCACUUCCCUCAAUCUUUUUUAUAUUAUUUGGGUCAUUCGAAGCAAAAAAGGUAUUUUGUGAUUUUUCUCUAAAAUUGAUUGUUGUCGAGGUAUACGCGUUCUAAAAUUUGGAAAAUGCGAAAAUUACCAUUUUUAAGGCUUAAUAACUCGGUUAAAAAUUAUUAUUAUGAAAGUCAGAAAUUGGCCAAAUCAAAGUUUAAAGCCUCCCUUCAAGAUCCUGAAUUUUGUGUCAUUAUUAUAUUACUAAGCGGUUAUUUUUAACUGUUAACAAUGAGCGCUAACCGCGUAUUGAGGCGGCCGUCAAUGUGAGUGCGAGUGAGAUGAACCAUUGGACUGCCGGAAUGGUGAUCUCUUUUACACUCACCAUUGACGGUCGCCUAAUACGCGGUUGGCGCUCAUUGUUAACAAUUAAAAAUAACCGCUUAGUAAUACAGUAAUGACACAGAUUUCUUCAGGAUCUUGUAGGGGGGCUUUAAACUUUGAUGUUAUCUAUAUCUGACUUUCAUAAUAAUAAUUUUUAAUCGAGUUAUUAAGCCUUGGAAAUGGUCAUUUUCGCAUUUUUCAAAAUUUAAAUCGCGUAUAACUCGACAACAAUCAAUUUUAGAGAAAAAUCACACAAGACCUUUUUUGCUCCGAAUGACUUAGGUGAUCUAAAAACAAUUGUCCGAAGUAAAAACAUUGUUUUUGUGAAUUUGUUAAAAAAAAUUGUUUAAACAAUUUUUCGACGAAAGUAUCGCCUGGCACCCUGUGGAUUUCUUAUAAGGACCUCUUUUUGGGUAAGUUUGUGCAAAAAAAUCGAGUCGGAAUAAUUUACCUAACGGGGUCGAUGAUACACCCUGGACUAAAUGUAAUUCCGUACAUGUUGGAAUAAAUUUUAUAUCAAAGUUUAGGUGAAAACAAAAGAUAUCAUCCAGAAAGUAUAUUUAACUUAUAUAAGGGGAUCGUUGUGGAUAAUGAAAAAUUGACCAUCUUUGCACACAAUUUACUUUUUUAACUGCUGCGGUAAUUCAUGUUUUUAAGAAGGUUUUUACCGUAAAGUGAAAGAUAGCCUUCAUUUAAGACAUAUACCAUGAGGACGUUUGAGUUGGAUUAAAUUCAUUAUCUCGAGAAGAGGAUAAUUUGGAGAGAAAUCCUGAGACAGGUCGAUUUUUAUUUUUAAAUUAUGACUUUUUGGCAUAUAUUUCAUACUAGUAGCGUCAUCCAUCUGGGCGUGAUGACGUAAUCGAUGAUUUUUUUAAAUAAGAGUAGGGGUCGUGUGAUAGCUCAUUUGAAAGGUUAUUUAAUUCUCUAUUCAGUAAUGUAUGUAAACGGUCACAUAAUUAUUUAUACAGGGUGUCCAAAAAAAAUUAAUUAAAUUAAUUGAGACAAAAGAAAGAAUGUAUGUAAUUCAUUUAUUUCAAAAUAUAUUUGAGUGCUGUCAGAAAACAGAAAGAAAUGUUUAUUUUACAAAUAAACAUUUAUUUUUCGCUUAAAUUCAAUGUUAACACUGCCACCCACCUGUCUCUUAGCAGUUUGAACAUUGAAUUUAAGUGAAAAGUAAUGUUUAUUUGUGAAAUAAACAUUAAUAGCUGUUUUUCUGAUAGCAGUAAAAUGUAUUUUGAAUUAAAUAAAUUGCUUACAUUCUUCUUUUUGUGUAAAUUAAUUUAUUAAAUUUUUUUUUGUACACCGUGUAUAAAUAAUUAUGUUAAUCUUUAUAUUACUGAAUAGAUAAUUAAAUAACCUUUCAAAUGAGCUAUCACACAAUCCCUCUCAUUUAAAAAAAUCAUCGAUGACGUUAUCACGCUCAGAUGGAUGACGUCACUAGUAUGAUAUAUGUAUGUAUAUGCAAAAAAGUCAUAAUUUAAAAAUAAAAAUCGACUUGUCUCGUGAUUUCUCUCCAAAUUCGCUCAUUCUCGAGAUAAUGAAUUUAUUCCAACUCAAACAUCCUCACGAUAUAUUAUUUUAGUUGAUCUCUUAUCUAAAAUGGAUCUUUUGUGCUGGGCGAGCUCUUUUUCUCUUUCCUGGGGGAUUCCACUCUAAGGCAGUCUCUGCAAUACUGGAGCUAUUUUUUCAGAGUGUGUGACCGACCCAACUCCGUUUUCUAGAAGGUAUUUCAUUUUCUACUCUCUUUUUUUUAGUCAAGUAUAGUAAAUCUUCGUUUCUGAUGAUGUUAGACUAGAAAAUACGAACAAUUCUUCAUAGACAUUCAUUAACAAAGACCUGCAGUUUUCAUGUAAGAGUUUUUGUUACUUUCCAGGUUUCACAUUCCUAGAGUAGGACAGACAUGACAUUUGACUGGAAUAUUCGGAUCUUUGUCCUUGUAGUACAUUCGUCAGAUCUCCAAACAGAGUAGAUCAUGUUUAAUGUUUGUUGAGCUUUUCGUAUCCUCAUACAAAUUUUGUUUUCUGUGCCUCCGCUUUCUGUUAUGACUCUUCCAAGAUAUGUAAAGUUUUCCUCAUUUUCAAUCUACAUGUUGUAGAUAGUAAAUAGCGUGUUGUUCCUUGCAUUUAUUCUCAUUGACUUGGUUUUACUAAUAUUAAUUUUCAAACCUAUUUUAUUGGCUUCAGUGAAAAGUAUUUCCAAUUGGUCAGCCACAUCUUUGGACCUUUGUCCUAAUAGGCAGAUAUUGACGGCGUAUUCUAGAUGGCUUAGGCGUGUGGUUAACGCCCAUUGUAUCCCUCUUGUGUCAAAGUCUACAGCUUUGAAGAGAACAUAGUCUAAAGCUAUGUUAACCUUCCGACGACCAACCUUUUUUGACCCCAGGUCAAAAAUGUCAAAAAUGACAAUUAACAAAAGAAUGAAGUUUUUUUAGGCAUGGACUUUAUGUCAUUCAGCCAGUCACAACAUGAGUAUUAGUGUCAUGUGUAGUGUGUAUGUUGAGUAAGUGUCUUGUUACUUUGACUAAAGUCGACGUAAUUAGCGUAAAACUACUUGGAAUUACACAUAAUAGACGGUAUUUUACUAACCAUCAAGUUCAGAAUAUAUUUUUCAUUCGUAUUUAUAAAUAGGGAUUUUUUUUUUCAAAAUAUGAGGAUAUCUAGAAUGAUAUUAAGGUCAAAUAAAAAAAUAAUGAGUUAAAAAUUGAAAAUACUUUUGAAUGUAUUAAAGAAAAACAUGUACUGGGUUCCAAAUUUCCCCCGCUUGGUCAUCCGAAGGUUAAAGAGAUACGGAGAAAGCACGCAUCCCUAUCUAAAAAUACGUCAACGUCAAAUUCGUCACUGUUGAUCUUAUUGCGUGUCCCGCAUUUCGCCUCAGUGUACAGUGACUUUGUAAUGAAAAUUAUUUUAUGCUGGAUGUUUCUUAGCUCUACAAUUUUCCAUAUAGCAGCAUGAAAUAAGCUGUCAAAGUCACGCUCGAAAUCAACAAAAACCAUGUAUAGGGGUGUGUUCCAUUCAACCGAUUGUGCCAUUACUAUCCUCACAGUAUUACUGUGAUCUAUGCAGGAGGAUUCUGGUCUAGAGCCUGCUUGAUUAGCUCGAAAUUCAGCCUUGUUUGUUGAUCUUUAAGUAUGAUGGUCGUUAAAAAAACUGAAUCUCGAGAAAAAUGGUCCUACAAAAAAUUUAUUCUGUUUUAGAUGUGGGACAAUUUGUCAGAAACACGAAUAUCGAAAUAGUAUUUCAAAAAUUUUAAUCCCCGCGACAUUAUUAAAAAACAAGUUAAAAACAAAUUAGAACAAUUUGCAAACGCAAUUUUGGAGGGGAGUUUAAUUGAAAUUUUGAUUUGUGAAUGAAUUUAUCGAAAAUAUCUAUAAAAAAGAGAAAUACAACUCAUACAAAUGUUAUACUCUGUCGGCAAUAACCGUGUUUUUUGCAGUAUUUUUUUUCUUUAUAUCGGAUUCAUAACACAACAUUUCCUGCGAAAUAAUUUUUAUAGUGCUUAUUUAUAACGCAAAUAAUAAUUUUGUGAAAAUUUGUUUUUCGAGCUUUAUUUACAAUUAUUUAAAUAAAUGAGGGGCCAAGACUUAAUCUUAUAUGAAAGCUUUUUCUUUCAACUUUACAGAAAAAUAUCUUAAAAACCUUCUUGAAAACAUGAAUUUCCGCAGCAAUUAAAAUAGUAAAUUAUGUGAAAAAUAACCCAUUUUUCAUUAUUUAAACAAUGAUCCCUCAAAUAGAUUUAUAUCAUACACUUUUAAGCAAUGGCGGAUCCAAGGGGGUGUCACGGGGGGUCAUGAACGGGGUCACAGACGAAAAUAAAUAUUAAUUCAAUAACCCUAAAAACAAAAGAAAAACCGAGAGCCGUCAAACAAAAAAAAAUUUAGGACCACCAAAAAAAUAAUUUAAAACCCACUUAUCCCAGGGGUAGUAAGACUAAGUGACCUUGAAUCAGAAAAAAGUAAUUAAAUCACCCUCAAGAUCCAUGACAGCCCAAAAAAAAUUUUGGUUCCGCCACUGCUUUCAAGAAAGUUUAUGAUAUCAAUAAUCUACUAUGGUGAAAAUAUUUUUUGUUUUCAACUAACUUUGAUAUAAAAUUUGUUCCAACUUGUACGGAAUUACGUUUUGCAUUGCAAUUACAUGUAAUAAUUUUAUUAUUAGUCAUAAUAAUUUUAUUUAAUUGGUAUUUUAUUGAAUUAAAUUAUAAUAAAAAUUUACUAUCUAA